AUGUCCAAACUCAACCACGCAAAGAUCAUCCUCCGCCGGUCCAGCGAGCGCGGGUACGCCGAGCACGGCGGCUGGUUGAAGACAUACCACACGUUCAGCUUCUCCGAUUACUUCGACCACCGGUUCCAGCAGUUCGGGUGUCUGCGCGUGCUCAACGAAGACCGCGUGUCAGCACGCAACGGCUUCCCGACGCAUCGCCACCGCGAUGCGGAGAUCUUCAGCUACGUGCUCAGCGGCGAGCUGACGCACCGCGACAGCAUGAUCCAGAAAGGCAAGGAAGGCGCCCAGGGCAAGGAUUUCUAUCGCAUGAAGCGCGGCGAUGUGCAGUUCACCACUGGUGGGAGUGGUUAG